AGAACAGGGGUUGCUUGUGGGGGGUGGGGGUGGGGGAAAAGGUCUGCUCGAAUAGGAGACGGGCACCGGGUUGGGGUGGUGGGGGCUCCUUGCGCGCUUCGUUCCCUUCCCCCUCCGGCCCCCGGGUAGCGCAGGGGAGAGUGAGGGGGGCCGCUGCCUCAUUGGGCACUUCCACCUCCUCCCCCCGGCUUUUUCUGUGGGUCUGUUCCCCUCCCCCCGCAUCGACGUGCUGCUUGCCCCCCUCCCUGCGGAGGGGGUGUUGCUGGGCCUGCUGUUCUCCCCCCCUCACUGAUACCCGGUGAGGGGUGAGAGUGGGUCUGGCCUCAGCUGAAAGCCAGGAUCCUGGACCCCUCCGGUGUUCGAGGCUUGGAGCUGCCGGCUUCUGGGGGGAGGGAACCCUUCGCCUCCCCCCCCGCACUUCCUCGUCUCUGCCCCACAGGCAAUAGAAGGGUUCUAAUGGGAGAACCAUUCUUCUGAAGUAAAGGUUUGCUGGCUGGCUGCAGCUAUGGAUGAGCAGCAAGCUUUGAAGUCAAUCAUGCAGGAUUUGGCAGUCCUUCAUAAGGCAAGUCGCCCUCCAUUGCCUCUACAAGAAACAGGGAAAGCAAAAUCAUCUUCACCGAAAAAACAGAAUGAUGUCCGAGUCAAAUUUGAACACCGAGGAGAGAAAAGAAUUCUACAGUUUCCUAGACCUGUCAAGCUAGAAGAUAUUGCAUCAAAAGCUAAAGUUGCCUUUGGACAGUCAAUGAAUUUGCAUUACAGCAAUAAUGAGCUGGUGAUCCCAUUAGCUACACAGGAUGACCUGGACAAAGCGGUACAGCUUCUUGAUCGAAGUGUUCAUAUGAAGAGUCUCAAGAUAUUGCUUGUUGCCCAUGGAAACACACAGAGUAAUACUGAGCCUCUGCCGUCGCUGGAAGAUUUGGAUAAUACAGUUUUCAGAGUGACUGAGAGGAAAAACAGGCUUUCUGUAAUAGGUUAUUAUAGUCGCGACAGAAGCUCUCCCCCUCCAGGAUACAUUCCAGAUGAGCUGCACCAGGUGGCCCGGAAUGGCUCAUUCACCAGUAUAAACAGUGAGGGCGAGUUCAUUCCAGAAAGCAUGGAUCAGAUGCUGGAUCCGUUAUCACUGAGCAGUCCUGAAAACUCUGGCUCAGGAAGCUGCCCUUCGCUUGACAGCCCUUUAGAUGGGGAGAACUACCCGAAGUCCCGGAUGCCAAGAGCCCAGAGCUACCCAGAUAAUCACCAAGAGUUUUCUGAUUAUGAUCUUCCUAUAUUUGAGAAGUUUGGCAAAGGUGGAACUUACCCUCGAAGGUAUCAUAUUUCAUACCACCAUCAAGACUACAAUGAUGGCCGUAAAACUUUUCCACGAGCUAGGAGAACCCAAGGAAACAGCUUACGAUCCCCAGUUAGCUUCAGUCCAACUGAUCACUCAUUGAGUACAAGCAGUGGGAGCAGUGUUUUCACUCCAGAAUAUGAAGAUGGGCGGAUGCGAAGAAGAGGAAGUGACAUAGACAAUCCUACUUUGACAGUCAUGGAUAUCAGUCCGCCUAGCCGCUCCCCAAGAGCUCCAACUAACUGGAGACUAGGUAAACUCCUGGGGCAGGGUGCAUUUGGCAGAGUUUAUCUAUGCUAUGAUGCAGAUACAGGACGUGAGCUAGCUGUUAAGCAAGUUCAGUUUGAUCCUGACAGCCCGGAGACCAGCAAGGAGGUAAAUGCACUUGAAUGUGAGAUUCAGCUUCUGAAAAACCUUCUACAUGAGAGAAUUGUUCAGUAUUAUGGCUGCUUGAGGGACCCUCCCGAAAGGACACUCUCUAUAUUUAUGGAAUAUAUGCCUGGGGGCUCAAUUAAAGAUCAGUUGAAGGCAUAUGGCGCACUCACGGAGAAUGUGACUCGGAAAUAUACCCGGCAGAUUUUGGAAGGAGUUCAUUAUUUGCACAGUAACAUGAUUGUACAUAGAGAUAUUAAAGGUGCAAAUAUUCUCAGAGACUCUGCAGGGAAUGUUAAGCUGGGCGAUUUUGGUGCCAGCAAGCGGCUUCAAACAAUUUGCUUGUCUGGUACAGGUAUGAAGUCUGCCACAGGAACGCCAUACUGGAUGAGUCCAGAAGUCAUUAGUGGAGAAGGGUAUGGGAGGAAAGCAGAUAUCUGGAGUGUAGGCUGUACCGUGGUAGAAAUGCUUACGGAGAAACCACCUUGGGCAGAGUUUGAAGCAAUGGCUGCCAUCUUUAAAAUUGCCACACAGCCAACCAAUCCCCAGCUGCCACCUCAUGUCUCGGACCACGGUCGGGAUUUUCUGAAGCGAAUAUUUAUUGAGGCCAAAUUGCGACCAUCCGCAGAUGAACUGCUAAGACACACGUUUGCACAUUAUCACUGAUGGCCUGCUUCAACCCAGCUGUCACCUACUGCAUUUAUUUUCUGACUGCACUUUUUUUUACACAAGGUUGAGAAAAGACAAGGGAGAAGUUGUUUCUCUUGAUUCUUUAUUUCAUAUAGAUUGUUAAUAAUCUCUGCAUAUUUACACUGCAGAUUUCGUUCCCCAUUUAGGACUUAAGAUCUUUUUGUUUCGGUAAUGUACUGAUGUGGUUCGCAUAAAGCACUUUAGUACAUAUUCAUUCCUUAUUUAAGGGGGGAAAGGCAAGUUAUUGGGACUGCCAGGAAUUGUGUGUUAAGGUUUUUUUUCCUAGCACUGCUGAUUAACUCAGGAUGCAGGAAAAAUAUACAUGUUGUUAGCAGAUAUAGAAAAGGAAAAUGUGUCCAAUUGUUCUUUGUAAUAUGUAGAUAGAUGCCCUGGGAGGUUUUGGUUGUGUUUCAGCUUUGACAUGAGGCUCAUCCACAGUAUUGGAAACAGGUUUAAAAGCUGCAAACUCAAACUGCCAACCAAGGUGUAUUCUGGAAAAGAAAUCUGACUAGUGCAUCGCCUGCAACCAAAUGUAUAUUUAUAAUUUUAAAAGACUAUACAGGAGGGUUCUCUAGCUGAAGUAGUUCAAGAGUCUUUUGAGUCAAGUAGUUCUGAUGUGUGAAUGUUCUAGACCAGGAAUCGUAGAUAAACAGAUUACUGUAGAUCCAUAAACCUUUACAGUUGAAGAACAGGCUUCACAUACUGUGCCACAAGUUAGUUUACUUAAUCUGCUAAGAACCGCAAUGAGUUGUGCUCUGGUGGCCAGGGUGAAGGCUAGUUUCUCUCUUGAUAAUUUUCUGUUCUGCAUCCUUCAUGCUGUCCCAACUGGUCUGUCUGUUGCAUAAAAUACUUAAUGAGACCCAGUCUUCCUUCCUUCCUUCCUUCCUUUAUUAUCAUGCUUACGAUGAAAUUUUAAAGUACUUGAAUAGGUAUCAGUGUCAAAAUUAAGCCGUUACCAUUUAUGUUGAUGCUAAACAGAAGUCUUUGUCUUAAGUACAUUUGAUUUAAUAAUCAAAUAGUAUUUGCAGAAUUUGCAUCGUGGUGAGCCUGCAGAAUUUGGCUUUCCAGGUUUUUUAUAUGGAGUAUAGACGAUCCCUCCUCUUUUUAAGCAAAAAGAGAAAGCAAGCUGCGUAGAAAUAGAUAUGGAGGUUUCCAUGUGCAUCGCAACAAUAUAAUUAAGUUCCGGCAUGCUGACCCUGAUGGAGGCACAAAGAAUGAGGUACCAUUUUUACUGUCCUUUUUCUAAAGUACAUUUUAUACCUUAUCUGACUGUUAGUAAUUAAAAUAAUUUCAGAUUUGACAUUAUUAUCCCAAAUGUGUACAUUCAUAUUUGGACACCUGAAUAUAGUUUUGAAAAGAAAAGAAACCCCUUUAGAAUGCUUUAAUACUUUCUGUCCCUUCAAGAAAUUGGGGAAAGUUCCUGAAAGGAAAUAAUUCUAGUUUCCGGUGCCACAGUGUCUGUUUUCCAGAGGUGAUGUUUCUUAAUGCUGCUAUUAAACGUUUCCUAGGGAAAUUCAGCGCAGCCUGUAUAAAAGCAUCCUUGGCAAACCAAACAUACUGCAGGUGUGCAGAUAUUACAUGGACAGUGCAUAGUCGGUGACACUAUCUUCCAUUAAUAAGCUAAAAAAAUGUCAUAAGUCUCAACAGCAAUCAGAUGUGGAACAAUGUAAUGCUAUGCAUGUGAUACGCUGCAUGCAUGUAUAUAACGCUCCCAAUACUUUAGCCACAGGUUAGAAAUAAGAGUUGCAAGCCCUAACUCCUGUUUACAGUUGUAAGUGGUUAAAGCCAACAAGGGAAAUUUGCAGUUGGGAGCAGGGGCACAAGAGGCUUAGAGAUAAUAUCUGAUCCUUUAGCUAUGGUUAAAGGAUGCAGAGCACUAUGAGAGCACUCAAAGUUUGGGAAUUGAAAGUUGAUUGAACAAAAUUUACUCUAGGUCACACUAAGAGACUCUUGCAGUUUUCUAUGAAAUAUAGUACCUAACUAAUGUAGAAACUAUCAUACUGAGUGGACUUCUAAGAAUAAGAAUUUCUUUAGUUCUUAAAGAAGCAAAUCCUUUUAAUUGUGAAUAAAAGAGAAAUGGUCAAUUUUUGCUACCAAAAAAGAAAGAAAGAAGUAUAAUAGUCUGGGUGUGAUUCCAGUGAUUGACUUUCCUUCUAUACCAUAGGUAUUGAUCCCUCUCUGUGGCCCACUGUCUGUUGUCUUCUCCUACAGACUUGUUCUCAUCUUUCUUAUACAAUCUUUUUCCAGUUCCUCGUAGGAAGAUCCCUAAGGUUAAGAUUUCUAAACUCCCAUCAUACUGUAACUAUGCAAAUUGUGUAAAACAUGCAAAUCAAGUAAACAUAUACAAAUGU